AUGCGGUAUAUUAUUAAGAUAAUUCAAAGAUACGACCUGAUUUUAAUUCAAGAAAUUCGAGACAAAAGCCAAACUGUGAUGUACAAGGUGCUUAAACAGUUAGAAGAAGCAAAGACGCCAUACCGGAAGCAUAUCAGCAAACGCCUGGGACGCACAACCAGCAAGGAACAGUAUGCAUUUUUGUAUAGAAUUGGUUCUGGUAUCAACCUUGAAGAUUCUUUCACUUUCGAUGACGGAUCGGAAGCCAACAAAAAUGACACCUUUCAGCGGGAACCAUUCGUUGCUCGAUUUUCUUUUAAAAAUCUACCCUUCAAGUAUAUUAAUUUCAUUGCUAUCCACGUUGAACCUAACACUGCAGUAUCCGAGCUCCAACAUUUAAUGGAUGUAUACGAAGAGACGCUGAAACGGUGGAAAAGCAAAGAUGUCAUCAUCCUGGGGGACCUUAACGCCGAUUGCAGUUACGUUCCAAAAAGUAAAUGGUCAUCAAUUCCUCUUAGAUCAGACCAUUAUUACUGGCCAAUCGGAGAUUCAGAAGAUACAACAAUCACUAAAACCAAUUGUGCAUAUGAUAGAUUCGUCAUUGCCGGGAAUAAACUGAUUGAUUUGGCAAAAACUGGUCAAGUGUCUGUGUUCAAAUUCGAUGAGUUUUAUGGCUUGAACUAUACAAUGGCCAGAUCAAUUAGCGACCAUUACCCAAUAGAACUGGAUCUUCCCAUCAAAGAAAACAACGAAUUUUCAUCAUCAUCAAAAUCUACAGUACCGUUCAAGUUUUUGGCGAACAGAUUCUUUCCUAUAAUAUCAGCACAUUGGAUGCAGUGUAAUAUCUGGAUUCUCUUUUCCCUUUCUAAGCACAUCUUAUAG